AUGCCACAACCUACAACAAAUUGGAGUGCAACAGUUGGUAACCGAUUGAUAUUCGAACAUCAACAACUACAGAACGAGGCACAGCAGACAGAUGUGCAAAUUACUAUUGAUUGCCUCAAUAAUGGACAACGAACUACUUAUAACGCAAUCACUUCUUCAGUCUUUGAAAGUAAAGGGACUAUUUUCUUUUUGAAUGGGGGUGCCGGAAUCGAAAAAAUAUUUUUGUAUAAUACGAUUGCAUUAAAAUGUCGCAGCCUUGGCCAUAUUGUUGCUACUGUUGCUUCAUCUGGAAUUGCAUCAUUGCUAUUAGUAGGAGGUCGCACUGCACAUUCAACAUUUUUCAUUUCAUUGGAUGUCUUGGAAAGUUUAGUUUGUGGGUUUAGCAAGCAAUCAUUACAAGCUGAAUUGUUUAGAGAAACAAAACUCAUAAUUUGGGAUGAAGUUCCUAUGCAACAUAAACAUUGCGUUGAGGCGGUUGAUCGCACACUUCGAGAUAUUUGUGAUAGUGAAAAGCCAUUUGGGGGUAUCACUGUUGUUCUUGGUGGAGACUUUCAACAAAUCUUACCAGUUAUAACCAAAGGAGUUUGUGAACAAAUUGUGAAUGCGUCAUUAAGACACUUUGUUUUGUGGAAGGAUCUACAUGUUUUAUCUUUAGAUUUCAAUAUGCGCUUGAAUCAUGAAAACCUUGGAAAUGCUAUUUUUGCAAAAUUCUUGACGGAGGAUCUAAAGGAAUUACUCUCAGCAGUUUAUCCACAUUUAGAUGUGGCAAAUACAUCAACCCCAUCAUUUUUAACUGAACGCACCAUUCUUUCAGCACAAAAUGAUGAUGUCAGUGCUAUCAAUAAUGCUGCAUUAAAUAUUUUUCCAAGGAAUACAUAUACGUAUCUUGCUGCAGAUAAGAUGGCUAAAGAUGAUGAAAUUGAUCAUUCCAUUACAAACAGAUAUCCUAAUGAGUAUUUAAAUUCAUUGGAUCCUCCUGGGCUACUAACUUUUAAGGUGGAGUUGAAAGUGGGUUGUCCUAUAAUGUUAUUAAGAAACAUUGCACUGAAAGAUGAACUAUGUAAUGGUACAAGAUUGAUGGUUUCAAGGUGCGACACUCGCAUAAUUGAAGCUCGAAUCUUAACUGGAGAGAAGUUUGGCAAUUUGGCAUUUAUACCAAGGACAUCAUUGACUCUGUCUUCUUUAGAAAUACCUUUUCGAAUGACAAGACGUCAAUUUCCAGUUCGAUUGGCAUACGCCUUGACCAUUAAUAAAUCUCAAGGACAAUAUGUGAAAUUUGUUGGGGUUGACUUGCUUACACCUGUUUUUAGUCAUGAGCAACUAUACGUGGCAUUAUCCAGAUGCACGUCUUUCAAUCAUAUCAGUAUCCUCCUCCCCAAGGAUGAGCCAGAUUCCACUACAAAUAUUGUUUACCCUGAAGUUUUGUUAUAG